UAACAAAAAAAAUCAGCUGUGCCUUAGGUGUUUAAAAUACAUAUAAUCGAUUUUUUAGUUGAAUAACCUAUAUUUGUGUUUUUAUGUAAAAAGUGUAGUUUUUUGAAUGCCGAUAAGGGAGGCAAUAAUGCAAUGCAUUGAAACGUUACAUAUAGAUCCUGGCGUUUUGUAGCAACAGUUCACCCUAAAAGUUAGGGGGUUAAAAACGCCGGAGAAGCAACAUUCAAUAUGGCUUCUAACAACAAUCAGAAUGGUUGGUUGAGCGGUCUUGGAAUCGGGUUCGGGCCCCCUUUAAGCUCCGUUCCCGAACAGCAAAGCAGUUCAACAUCAGACAUGAACCAAUUUGAACAAUUAGAUCGUUCUAAUGCAGGCAGCAACACAUUAAAGAGAAAUCCGAAGAUGGAACUUACAAAAACUGACUUACUGAAACUUCUAACCUACUUUGAAGGAGAAAUACAAGCUCGUGAUAUUACAAUUGCAGCACUAAAGUCGGAAAGGUUAAAACAAGUGGUCAAUGUUGGACGAUAUCGGCCGAUAGUAAUGACAGAUCCGUACACGGCAUUGCUGCGGGACAGCAUUGCAGAUAGUACCUCAUCGAAACCGCCUCAUAGUGAAAAAGACAUGGCAGCUGCGGCCGAACAGCAACUGCAGGCGUUGGAGCAGCUGGCUCUGCAACAACGUCGCGCGCACCAACACAUGGUAAACAUAUUAAAAGAUGCCGAAGUUAAACAUAAAAAGGUAAUUCAAGAACUAGAGGAAGAAAAAUGUAAACACGAACACGAUACAGCUCAGGGUGAUGAUAUUACUUACGGUUUAGAAAUGGAACGCACUCGUUUAAGGCAGGAAUUAGAAAUGGAACGCACGGCUCGUAAAAAAUUGGAGAAGGAAUUGAAGAGGCAAGUGGAUUUAGCGGACGAAGAGAAAGCUAGACAAAAACAGAUAGUAUUAUUAUUAAUAGCGGAACGUAAAAAAAUUAUCGUUAAAUAUAUUGAGGAGAGAAAACGAAGCGAAGAUCUGGCGCAAAUUUUAUCGGAGGAGAAAUCUCGCAUAGACACCAUGGCAGAGGGGUUGGAAGAGGAAAGCAAGAAAUCAUUACAGAUGGAAGCCGAACUUGAGAAACAAGUUCAUAUUUUUGAAGCGGACAAAAAAUCGUUAAAGUCUGCGUUGGCAACUAGAGAGACUAGGUGUCAGGAGUUGGAGGCUGAAGUACAAAAAUGGCGGACAGAGUGUGAGGUUUUGUGUAGAUUGCGUGAUCCUGUCGAUUCGACUGCUUCAAUGUCGAGUAGCGUCGCCAAAGUUGUUCAGCCUACGGCUACAGUUUCUAGUGUUCCUGUCUCUGGUCCUACGACAGGUGUAGCCCAGUCAGUUACACCGGGACAAAGUAGUCGGCAGUCUUCUAGUGCAGUUACAAGUUCUUCCAAGCUAGCGUCCGUUUCCCAAGCGGGCACGCCACAAUCUAGGACGCCCGCAAAACUAGGUUUUCACACGUCGUACACGCAAAGCCCACCUCCGCAGACGCCGCCAAAAAAGAGUGUGGUGGUUGGUAGAGGCGUUCCCCCACCGAUCCCACCUAAUAAACCUGUCAUUCCAAAUAAACAGACGCCCGCGCGGCGUCCGGAAAGUUCGGAUACCGAGAAAAAGAAGCAACCACCUCCUGCCGCAUCUGUAAAGGAACCUAUAAAUCCUGGCACAUCGUCCUCCGAAUCUGGACAUAUUACUUCUACUACGGGUAUUGAAAUGUGUCAGGAACUGACCGAUUUUCAACAAAUGUUUGUUACACUGGCAACUAGCAAUAAUACUUAAUAACAUCAUUCUUGCUCGAUUAUUUGUUACUAAUAAUAAAUGAUAUUCAGAAAUAAUAAGUAAAAAUGUUAGCUAGCUGGGGCUAGUGCAACACACUCCUGCAGCUGACUGGUCUCACAGCCCGUUUCUUAUGUGAUACUGUUUACUAAAUUUAAACUAAACCAAUCUUUAGCCACAAUUUAUUGGAUUUAUUUUUAUACCGUUCCCUUGUGUAUUGUCUUAAGUAGAUUAGGACAGUAUAUUCUCAGGGCCUGCAGCCCAGUGAUUGUGUUGUGUGACUUACUGUAAGCCUAUUAUAGGUUAAUUGAAUUAUGUGUAAACUGUGAAGGAACUAGUCCGUAGUAUAGCCUAGCAUUGGCAGAGAGGCCAAGUGUCUGUUCACAAUCUAUUAAAUAAAUUUAGAGCUUACGUUCCACGAUGAAAGUUUGUGUUUUAUUGGCCCUAUGUACAUUCUCAAAUGUAAGAAGUAUUCAUACAUUGUAAGUAUCUACAAAUUUGUUUAUACAUGAACGUGUUUUGUUAUGUGCUUAAUUAGAAAGUAAAUUGAUUAUGAAGUU